GAUUGAUAACACCAAAAGAGUGGCAUUGAUCGUCUCGAUACUUAUACGUCUAGACAUUUUCUGGUUAAAUAAUGCACGCCCGGCCCAGAAGGAACGCGUCAAUAUAUUUGUUCCUCGAUGAUUUGACCUCCAGGGUCGUCGCCAGGAGUGGCAUCCCCUCAGACAGGCACCAUAUCGGGAAAUUGAUACAGCAGAGCUUGCGGGAUGACCCUAACUUUAUUUUGCAAAUUGAUGCAUCUACCGAUACAAGAGAGACUAGUGGGUCAGUACUCAGAAGAUCCACGCAAUUUGCUAUAGCAAUGAACAACUUUGGGAUCAAAUGUGGUGACGUCAUCGGCCUGGUUGUACCAAACCGUCGGGAAGUCUGUAUAGUCAUGUACGCUGCUCUGUACCUUGGCGCGGCUGUCGCUUGCCUUGAUGUUAACAUGGGAAUUAAUGAAAUGCAAGAGGUUCUAGACAACGUAAAACCACAGAUUGUGUUCAGCAUGAACGACUACAUUAAAACCGUUGGAGAAUCCGUAACAAGAGCGAAACUGUCCUCAGAAAUAGUCACUCUAGAUGCUAAUGAUGACCACUUAGAUAUUGAAACAUUUUUGCGAAAAUUCGGCGAUGUUUCGAAAGUUGACGUGUUCAAGCCAACUGAAUUUGAUCCAUCUCAGACGAUCUCAUUCCUCAUGAUGACCAGUGGAACAACCGGUGGCGCAGUCAAAUUUGCAGCUCUUUCACAUGCCAGCAUUUUGUAUGGAUGCGUGGAUAUUUGGUCUCGACAACACAAGUUCCCUGACCCAGAGAGAAUGGCGUUGAUCCUGUCUCCGCUGCAGUGGGUGUCAGCUAUAUUCCACUACGUAUUGUCUCCAGUACUCAGAUACACAAGACUUCAGUCUCCAUUACGACUUGACAAGCCUUAUAUUUAUACCAUGAUUAAUAAGUACAGGCCCACUCAUAUGAUCUGCAGUCCUCCAUUAAUGGCUAGUUUGUUGAAUAUGGACGAUACCAACAGCUGUGAUCUCUCUUGUUUCAACUACAUCGUAGUGGGAGGCAGCUAUGUCAGUCCAGCAUUACUUAAAGCCAUCCAGAAAACUGUGCCUAAUACUGAUGUACAAGUGUUAUACGGACAAACAGAAAUGUCUGGCAUGAUAGUGUCAGCUGAUGAUAAACCUAUAGAAUCCGUUGGUAGACUCAUAGAAACUGUUCAGUUUAGAUUAAUUGACCACAAUACUCACGAAGACAUUGUCGAACCAAACAAGACUGGAGAACUUUGGGUGAAAGGACCAGGAUUGUUCAAGGGUUAUUACAACGAUCCAGGAAGAACAAAGGAGACAUUUUCAGACGAUGGUUGGUUCAAAACUGGCGAUCUUUUGUACAUGGAUGAACAUCGCUACUUGUAUUUCGUAGAUCGAUUGAAAAUGCUGCUGAAAUACAAAAAUCAUCAUGUAUCUCCUGUGGAAAUCGAGAACGUGAUCCAACAGCACCCUGGAGUGUACCAAGUGGCCGUGACUGGCAUAGUGGAGGACUUGGAGUCUGGAGACCUGCCCGUGGCAUGUGUCGUAAGGAGACCUGGCCAUGACGUUACAACACUGGAAAUCAAGGAGCUUGUUAAAAACUCUCUGUCAGAUACGAAGCAGCUGAGAGGCGGAGUCAUAUUCAUGGACCAGUUACCUAUGACAGCUUCCAGCAAAAUCAAUAGAUCUCUGCUAAAGAAGAUUGUUACUGAAUUAACAAAGGAAUAAUGGAUUUAUAUUUUAUUUACUAAAUAAAUACAUUUUUAUCUAA